AUGGCACCAUUGUUUCUUAACGAUGUGGUCAUUUUCUUCAGCCAGGAAGAGUGGGAUUUGCUGAAUGUUGCUCAGAAGAAAGUCUACAGGGACGUGAUGAUGGAAAUCUUAGAAACCGUGGGCUUUAUUGGUAAAAGCCGUGAAAUUGUUAAUGACGGAGAAGCAUUAUCCCCUGAAAGUACAAAGUUGGAAUUCUUGAGGACUGUCCAUCCUUGGCAUUCCAUGUUGGCGAAAAUGUUAAAAUUGUGUGACAGAGAAGAUCAACGUAAUAUUGUAGAGGCCGACUGGAGAAGUGUAACACUAGAGGAACUGUGUGAAGGGAGUGAAGAAAAUAGCCCUGGGAAACUGUGCAUCAGAUUUCCAAAUUAUUCCUGCAACCAUGUAGACAUGAACUUGUUAAGGACUGACAUUGGUGAAAGCAGCCAUGCAUGUAAGAAAUGUGGGAAAGAUUUCUGUACUUUCUCCUCUUUUUGGAUACGUUUAGUAGAUGGACAUGAGACUACAGAAUACGGUAAUAUCUAUAGGAAUUCCUCUUUAGAUUUUCAUGAAGCAUUUAAUGAUUUAAACAAGCCUUACAAUUGUACUGGAAAUGAGAAGAGACAUGCAAGAACACACAGAGAUGGGAAACCUUAUGAAUAUAACCAGUGUGGGUAA